AAAAAAAUGGCUUCCUAGCAAAGCAGAAAAGAACAGAAGAGAAACUUCCCAAAUUCCGUCAUGGAUUCUCUCACCAAUGCAAUCAACAUGUUUGCCAUUACUCUUCUGAAAAAGCUUUGUGAAGAAAAAACAGAAAAUGUGUUGUUUUCUCCCCCAAGCAUCUCAUUUGCACUGGCCAUGAUUCUCUUGGGAGCAAAGAAUGAUACUGCAGCCCAAAUAGAGCAACUAUUUUCUUUAAACAGAGAUGAAGAUAUUAACCUGGGCUUCCAAUCACUUCUCACUGAAAUGAAUAAAAGAAAUACUUUAUACCUGCUUGAAACUACCAACAGGCUCUUUGGAGAAAAUGCUCUAAAUUUCCUCCCAUCCUUUAAAGGAUGCUGUGAAAAGUUCUAUAACUCACUACUGAAAGAUGUUUGCUUUUCUAAAGAGGCAGAGGUCAUCAGAAAAUGCAUAAAUACUUGGGUAAAAAGGAAGACUGGAGUAUGGGCUUACAUUUUUCAUCCACAUCACAGACAUCUAAUGGUUUCUGGCACUACCAGUGAUCAAAUACAGUGA